AUGUCGUAUAAACAGUUGAAGGACGAUAUAAAAAAUAUAGUUUUUGAAGAGACUACAGAUAAUGCUAGGGAAAUAUACCAUAGCUUUCUAAGAAAUCGAUAUUUCCCUGAUUAUCUCUAUAAUAUGCGAACAACAUCAAAGACUUCGAUACUAUAUGGGUUGAGAGAUUUACCAAUUGAUAAAUUAGACUUACCAAUUGCAAGCACAUCAUUAACUUUGCGAGGAACAGCUACUAUUCCUACACCAACUAUUAACACUCCGUUAAUAAAUGCACCAUCGAACCAACCAAACUGGAACCUAUCGAAAGUUAUACUUGGCCAUACAGGACAAGUUACAUCAUGUGCAUUUGAUCCGGAAAACAGAUUUUUUGUUACUGGGUCCAGUGAUCGAACAAUAAAGGUGUGGGAUACAAUAACAAGCGAACUACAGUAUACCUUGACAUCACAUAUCAUGAGUGUUACUGAUAUGGCAAUAUCUGCUAGACAUCCAUAUCUAUUCUCUGUUAGUGAGGACAAGACCGUCAAGUGUUGGGAUUUAGAGAAGAAUUCGGUCAUCAGAGAUUACCAUGGCCAUUUGUCAGCAGUUUAUAGUGUUGAUGUACAUCCGGAUCUGGAUAUUAUUGUGACAGGAGGACGAGAUUCAAGUGUUCGUGUUUGGGAUAUACGUACGAGAUUGCCAAUCCACGUAUUGACCGGCCAUAGGUCAUUUGUUAAUAAGGUCAAAUGUGAAAGUGAUGAACCACAAGUUAUCAGUUGUUCGUCUGAUUCUACAGUGAAAACCUGGGAUUUAAGGAUGGGUAAAGUUACAGACACCAUCACCUAUCAUGCAAAGAGUGUGCGUUCGUUUUGUGUUAAUGAGGAUAAGCAUGAAUUAGUUAGUGGUUCCAGCGAUGGCGUCAAGAAAUUCACCCUUGAUUGCAAAUUUCUACAAGAUUGGCAAGUACCGAAGCACGACGUCUUGGAACACGGUAAUCUAAUAAUAAAUACAUUGAGCACAAAGGAUGGUGUAGUAUUUGCUGGUUUUGACGAUGGUAAGUUUGCCUUUUGGGACUGGGAAACCGGUGAAAUGUUUCAAAAUGGACAGCAGCCAGUGGUCCCUGGAUCAUUGGCGAAUGAAGGAGGAAUCUUAUGCUCUACCUUUGAUCAAAGUGGAGAAAUGCUAGUCAGUGGAUCUAUAGACAAAAGUAUCAGAAUAUGGAGAAAAGAUACAUAG